ACCUUCUGCAUUGCUCCCCUGGGCACAGAGGAGGACACAGUGAGCUGGUAGGACACCAACUCCAGGAGCUCCCAACAUCCAGAAUCCAUCUGCAAACAUGCUGCCACAAACAGCCCUUUUGCUGCUGCUAUUGUCCUUGAACUUGGUUCAUGGAGUGUUUUAUACUGAGCAAUACCAAACACCUACAGGCAUAAAAGGCCCACCAUCCAACACCAAGGCACAGUUCUUCAUCCCCUACGCCAUAAAGAGUAAAGGUAUAUCACUAAGAGGAGAGCAAGGUAUUCCCGGUCCACCAGGCCCCGCUGGACCACGAGGGCACCCAGGUCCAUCUGGACCCCCAGGAAAACCAGGCUUCGGAAGCCCUGGACCCCAAGGACAGCCAGGGCUGCCAGGACCACCAGGACCAUCAGCCACUGGGAAGCCAGGUUUGCCAGGACCCCAAGGAAAACCAGGGGAGAGAGGACCAUAUGGACCAAAAGGAGAUAUGGGACCAGCUGGUUUACCAGGACCACGGGGCCCACCAGGGCCACCUGGUAUCCCCGGCCCGGCUGGAAUUUCUGUUACAGGAAAACCUGGACAACAGGGACCUGCAGGAGCCCCAGGACCCAGGGGCUUUCCUGGAGAAAAGGGUGCACCAGGAGUCCCUGGUAUCAAUGGACAGAAAGGGGAAACAGGAUAUGGUGCUCCUGGCCGCCCAGGUGACAGGGGCCUUCCAGGCCCCCAGGGCCCAAUGGGACCACCUGGCCCUCCUGGAGUGGGAAAGAGAGGGGAAAAUGGGUUUCCCGGACAACCAGGCAUCAAAGGUGAUCGGGGCUUUCCAGGAGAAAGUGGACCGGCUGGUCCACCAGGCCCCCAAGGUCCUCCUGGGGAACAAGGACGAGAAGGCAUUGGAAAGCCAGGAGCUCCUGGAGCCGCAGGCCAGCCAGGGCUUCCAGGGACAAAAGGUCACCCCGGGGCUCCAGGAAUGGCUGGGCCUCCAGGGGCUCCUGGCUUUGGGAAACCAGGCUUGCCAGGCCUGAAGGGACAAAGAGGUCCUAUAGGCCUUCCAGGGGCUCCAGGUGCCAAAGGGGAACAAGGCCCGGCAGGUCAUCCUGGGGAACCAGGUCUGACUGGACCCCCUGGAAGUAGGGGACCCCAAGGACCAAAAGGCAUCCCAGGCAAUAACGGGGUCCCAGGCCCUAAGGGUGAGAUAGGGCUGGCUGGGCCUGCAGGAUUCCCUGGGGCUAAGGGAGAAAGGGGCCCCUCCGGGUUAGAUGGAAAACCAGGGUACCCAGGAGAACCAGGUCUCAAUGGUCCCAAGGGUAACCCAGGGUUACCCGGCCCAAAAGGUGACCCUGGAAUUGGAGGACCUCCUGGUCUCCCAGGCCCUGUGGGCCCAGCAGGAGCUAAGGGAGUGCCUGGACACAAUGGUGAGGCUGGGCCAAGAGGUGCCCCUGGAAUACCAGGUACCAGAGGUCCCAUCGGGCCACCAGGCAUUCCAGGAUUCCCUGGCUCUAAAGGGGAUCCAGGAAAUCCAGGUCCUCCUGGUCCAGCUGGCAUAGCAACUAAGGGCCUCAAUGGGCCCACUGGGCCACCAGGGCCUCCAGGACCAAAAGGUCAUGCUGGAGAGCCUGGCCUCCCAGGGCCCCCAGGGCCCCCAGGCCCUCCAGGCCAAGCGGUCCCACCCGAAGGCUUUGUAAAGGAAGGACAGAGGGCUUUUGUUAGUGCCAACCAGGGAGUAACAGGAAUGCCUGUAUCUGCCUUCACUGUGAUUCUCUCCAAAGCUUACCCAGCUAUAGGUGCUCCCAUCCCCUUUGAUAAGAUUUUAUAUAACGGGCAACAGCACUAUGACCCAAAAACUGGAAUCUUUACCUGCAGGAUACCUGGAAUCUAUUACUUCUCCUACCACAUUCACGUGAAGGGGACCCAUGCUUGGGUGGGCCUGUAUAAAAAUGGCACCCCUGUCAUGUACACCUAUGAUGAAUAUGUCAAAGGCUACCUGGAUCAGGCUUCAGGGAGUGCCAUCCUUGAUCUCACAGAUAAUGACCAGGUAUGGCUCCAGCUGCCCAACGCUGGGUCGAACGGGCUGUACUCCUCUGAGUACGUCCACUCCUCUUUCUCAGGAUUCCUAGUGGCUCCAAUGUGA